AGCCAUUUUGGAUUAUCGGUUUUUGCAUGAGUGUGUGCAUGCAUGUGUACAGUAUAAGCACUAAGUUUCGUGCCGUGUAUACUUGUUCGUCAAGACAGUAAGGUUGAUUAGAAGGCUUGUUGAUUGUGAUUAAUUGCUUCGAUAAACCGACGGAAAAAUGGGCCGCAAGAAGAAGAAGCAAUCGAGACCCUGGUGCUGGUAUUGCAAUCGUGAAUUUGAAGAUGAGAAGAUUCUCAUUCAACAUCAAAAAGCGAAACAUUUUAAAUGUCACAUUUGUCACAAGAAACUAUAUACAGGACCAGGGCUUAGUAUACACUGUAUGCAGGUACAUAAAGAGGCAAUAGAUAAGGUACCCAACUCAUUGCCAAAUCGUAGCAAUAUUGAGAUAGAGAUUUAUGGAAUGGAAGGCAUACCACCGAAUGAUGCAAAGGAACACGAGAGACAACGAAAUGGCGGUAGACCCGGCUCGCCGUCGUCUGGCGAGGACGAACCUGUGCAAAAGAAAGCAAAACCUGAAGGUCUGCUGGGCUCUGCACCAGGCGCGAUGUCCGGCAUGGGAGGUGGACUACCCGGAAUGCCACCGCAACCCGGUAUGCCGCCUUUACCCGGUAUGGCUCCGCAUCCAGGCAUGGCGCCUCAUCCCGGCAUGCCCCACCCUGGUAUGCCCCCCAUGCAUCCUAUGAUGCAGAUGGGCCAUGUGGGUCCUCCGUUCAUGGGUCCAGGCAUGAUGCAGGGUAUGUCAGGUAUGCCUUCCGGUAUGCAGCCACCAGUUUCGGGUGCAUCAAUCCCCUCGCGUCCAUUGUUCCCGAGCGCGGCCGUUUCAACAGUGGCUGCAUCGACGGCUGUGUCAGUCACUGGGUCCGGGCCCCUUGGUACGGACUUUAAACCGAUUACAUCGGUAGCCGGCGGCUCCAUAGGUCCGAUAAAGCCGACAUUCCCCGCUUACAGCGGUGCUGGUGAAAGUGGCGGUGCUAAUGCAGGCGGCAAUAGUCUUGCCGGCGGCAAUGAUCAAAAAGUUAAUCUAAUCGCGACAACCGGCGCCGCUAGUAAAAUCAUUCAUCCUCCAGAAGAUCUCAGUCUAGAGGAAAUUAGGGCAAGACUGCCAAAGUAUCAGCGUCGACAGACCGAUGAGUCUGGGCGACCAACGCAGUCGGAAGCAGCGGCAGCGGCAGCUGCGGCGGUGAGCCAGCAGCAAGCUGUGGCGUUGCAACAAGCUGCGGCGCAGCAGCAGCAAGCGGCGGCGCAACAGCAACAGCAACAAGCUCAACAACAGCAACAAGCGGCUGCCGCUAAUGUGGCAGCGGCCGCGUUUCAGGCGGAUCAACAGCAACGGCAGCAGCAAGCGGCGGCACUGAACGCACUGCAACAGCAGCAACAGAGGUUCCCGCGGCCGCCCCAGACAGUCAUGGUGCCGGCCUCGGCAGCGGCGAUGCCGGUCAGCUCGGUUGCGCUGAUGGCGCCCCUGAUGCGACCCACAAUGACCUUGGCUGCGCCUGCUCUCAUUCAUGGAGGUAACAUGAUGCGACCGCCCCCCAUGGGCCUGCCACCAGGCAUGUUAGGGGCUCUACCGCCGGGUGCGGCGAUGCAUCCGGCCUUUGCCGCCGCGCCGAUGGGCUUUCCUGGGCCAAUGCUGGCGCCGAUGAUGCAUCCGCGCUUCAGAUGAUCGCCCCCAAUGGACGGGCCCAACCCCCCGCCGCUGCACUUCGUGCUGUGGGCCCGCCCCUAACUCUCGCUGGGGUCCGGACCUGACCGAGGAAGAGACAGAGAGACAUAGAGAAAGGGAGAGAGGGAGAGAAAGAUGGGAGAGAGAGAGAGGGAGAGAAAGAUGGGAGAGAUAAUUCGCGUUGUAAAAUUUACGCAUUACGUCGAUCCUCUCCCAAAACUUGUUUUUUUCUUUUUUUUGUUAUCAUAUCUCAUUGAGAGACGAAAAAACAAUGACACAGAGAGAGAGAGAGAGAGAGAGAGAGAGAGAGAGAGAGAGAGAGAGAGAGAGAGAAGAUGAAAGAGAGAGAGAGAGAGAGAGAGAGAAAGAAAAAGACUCGCAGUACGCCAUAUCAUCGGUGCCUGAAAGGAUUCUUUCGAAGAAACCGAAUGCGCGCUGGAAACGGUCGACUUUUUUCUCUUUACCUUCUUUUUCUUUAUGCUGCUACGAAAAAAAAACACAGAAAAAAAAGACAGAAAAAAAUAUGAACUGCGAAGUAUGUGCGCGCGCCAGGUUGCAUUGGUCCGUAUGCCAGGUGAGCCAGCAAUCAUGAGCAGAUUUCGUCGCCUUUUCUACG